CAAACGUCAACGUGUUCUCACAAGUUGCAGAGAACCAGCAAAGCGAUAACACUAGCACGCAAAAAACCAAAACUUUCAGCUUUAUUUCUAAAAUUUUGUAUUUUUAAUUCCAAAAACUAUAAAUUAAAACAUUUCCUUGUUUCUUAUUCAUCAACAAUAAAUAAAAUAAAUCAUGGAUGAAGGAGAUUUCGAUAACGAUGAUGUCGGUGGUGAAGACUUCGAUGAUGUUGACGAAGAUGAUAACAUUGACGACAUCAAUCAAGACGAAGAAGUCGACAACAUCGAAAUAAUCGCCCAAGGUCAAGGUGGCGGUGGAGUACCCAAAUCUAAAAGAAUCACAACCAAAUACAUGACUAAAUACGAACGUGCUCGAGUCCUCGGUACUCGAGCUCUACAAAUUGCCAUGUGUGCUCCAAUCAUGGUCGAACUCGAUGGCGAAACAGAUCCCCUACAAAUUGCUAUGAAAGAACUCAAACAAAAGAAAAUUCCCAUCAUCAUUCGGAGGUAUUUACCAGAUCACUCCUACGAAGAUUGGAGCAUUGACGAGCUAAUCAUUGUCGAUCAUUAGAAUAGUAAUACAAUAGAAAGUAGAUUAGUACAUAAUAAUUUUUUAAUAAAUAAACAAAUAUAUAACAAACAAAAAUCAA